AUGCCUACCCUUGAGCUGAAUUAUGCCACCAAGGACGAGCUUGCCUUCCUGGACACGGAUGUCCAAAGAAAGAUUACAGUCUCGGGAGACAGCGUCGAGUACAAAGCGACUGCAGAAGUCGUCGACAAGGAAAAGGAAGCUGAAGAGCGCGCCAAGCUCGAUGCCAUUGACAACCACAAUACGUCUUCCUACAAUGUGAUGCUUAACUACCGUCUAGACCCUAGAAAGGGAGGCGACGAGAUGAUUUGGGGCGGCACCUUUGCACAAAUGCGACGCAAGUACGACCCACACGAGGUCGUCAUCCAAAACGCCAGAGGAAAAGAGAGCGAGUUUAGUCUCGAUACAACUGGAUUCCAGUUCGAACACUUUCCCACUUCAUACAAGGACUUUGCCUGGAGCCCUAUUGAUGAGCAUCUAAACAAAGUAUAUAAUGCUGAAUGUGAGGAGUUCAUGAGGAAGAUCACCGGAGCUUCUGACGUUCGCUUGAUCUCCCACAUCAUCCGACAACGGCAAUGGGAAAAGGCUGAACCUGAAGAAGAUGCCAAGAAGCCUGACAUGGCCAUGACUGACGGAGGCCUCCUUUCUGCAAGAUUUGUGCACAUUGAUCAAUCCGAUCUUGGCGCCAUCCGCCGCCUGUACGAUGACAUGCCACCAGGCGAGGGAGCCAAGCACGACGGUAAGCACCGCUGGGCUAUUAUCAAUAUCUGGAGACCCUGGGAGCAGGUUCACCGCGAGCCCCUGGCGCUCUGCGACGCCAGGUCUGUGCGGGACGACGAGCUGCACGACACAAUGCACUGUGUUCCGUUCCAGUGGCCGCGGAAGCCCACAGAGAAUCACAUGUGGCAGAUUGCCCCUCCCCACAGCUCAACCCAGCACAAGUGGUGGUUUAGGAGCGGUAUGACUAGAGACGAUGUUAUCUUGAUCAAAAUUUUCGAUUCAAAGAAGGACGGAAGAGCGCGCCGUACGCCGCAUAGCGCUUUCCCUACCCCUGACGACAUCGGCCCUGCUCGUCGCAGUAUCGAGACGAGGUUUUUUGUCUUUUGGGAAGAUCAGACUUGCGAAUAA